UUUUUUUCUUUCAACAACCGUUACUAUUCUUCUUGACGCAAUGCAAUUCAAGGUUUCUACUUUCCUCGUUGUCAUCGCAUCUGUGAUGAUGCUUACAGUUGCUCAACCAGUCGAAAGUGCUCCCGAAGCACCCGAAGCACCGACGGAGGACUACGCCGUCACGUGGUGAUACUGGACAGUUGAAAGCGGCGCUUCUCCCCCACCGCAGGCAGACUACAUAUGGUUCAAUUACAAACAUCCUCAAGUCAUUGAUAGCGAUUCCUAGAAAUACCUUUUUGUGUUAACCCAUACUUAGUCACUUCCAUAAUAGAUUCCUCACUCC